AUGUCACAGCCUUCAUCUACGGAGGCCCCGGUGCUGACUCCUCAGUUCUGCUUCGAUGAAAGGCUUCUCCGUGACUUCCUUCGCCUGUCCCGCUCUACUAUUGACGACUCAAUCACACAGAAUUUAAAUGCGCUAGUAACUCCCUCUCGCGAGGGAUUUGAUCCAUCCUCGACUGCCGUGCGACAGACCGAUUCAAGAGCUCGAAAAGCGAUUGACCCUUCUGCUUGCCAAGGCUUCAAAGAUAAUGUGCUAUUCCCGUCAUGGCAGACUCGAUCAGAUGUCCUCAAUUACUGUGCCGGAGUUGCAACCAGCCCCGAUCCCGAGGACCCAGAUCUGAUCCUGCGCGAGACAGAAUCCGCCCGAGAUCGUGAACGAGUUGUCAAUGAGCGGCUGGAUCCAUACUCGGCACGCUUCUUCCCUCGCGAGGCUCGAACUGAGUCACUAGCAAACUUGGUUCGUAAUCAACGUACCGUGGAGGAGAUCAUCCGAGCUCGGACAUGGGGCAUGGUGACUGAGAGGUGUGCCGGCUCUUCGUCUUCAUGGGAGGAAGCCUUGAACGCCUGGCGACAGACUCAUCAGCGAUAA